AUGUCAAACACACAAACCUCGCAAAGACACACUCUCUCGGGAAAUAGUAACUUGCGCAACACAGACUAUACUGAUCCUGCGGCGCAAGUGAACCAAGGCAUCAUUGACGGCAGACCUGAAGGUCAGCAGCCACGCGCAGCGCCUGUUACCCUUGAUACUUAUGUUGACGAGGACGCAUCGGCUAAUACACCUCUUGUGACUCGGGCUUCAGAUACGCUAGUUGGAGCUACCUCAGCUGAUGUCCACGACGGUCUUGGCCAUCCUGGCCAGGGGAUGUCGAGCAAAGAGUUGAGACAUGAUGGUCAACCAGGGCGGAAGCGGCAUGGGCAGGGGACGAUCAGUUCGGUCAGGGGCUGGCAGGGAAUGGUUUCAAGAAGUUGGAUGGUGCGAGUGAGCGUAGAUUUGUUGCCGCAGAGUCUGACCUUAGGGGAGAGUAAUCGUCAUCAAUCUUUGACAGCGCAGACAAUGACUUGCUGCGAGUAUGAAAUAUAA